AAGACCGCCCAAUAACCGGUGUUAGUGCAAGAUUUGCGUUCAAUGCCAACUGUAUAGUGAAAUGAAGCUCUUGGCGUUGCUCUUUGUCGUCGCCGUGACUGCCCAGGCAGUUACUGGCAGUGUCUGGAGGUACAGAAGAAGUACUCGAAAUGAAUACAAAAUGUGUGUCCCCGAGGACCUACUCGACCUGUGUAAACAAAUGGUGACUGAAGAAACGAAAAGCACAGCAAAAAUAAUUUGCAUUCCAGCAAGGGACAGAGUUGACUGCAUUGAGAAAAUUAAAGAUAAGGAAGCAGAUUUUCUUACUGUUGAUCCUGAAGACAUGUACAUCGCCUCUAAGGUGCCAGAUCAACACUUUUCAGUGUUCGAAGAGAUCAGAACCAGAGAGGAACCUGAUGCCGAAUUUAGGUACGAGGCCGUGGUAGUUAUCCACAAGGACUUGGACAUAAACGGCAUCCAGGGACUAAAAGGACUCAACUCCUGCCACACUGGGGUCGGGAGAAAUGUAGGCUAUAAGGUACCUUUAACGAAACUGAAGCAAAUGGGUGUCAUAGGAAAUCUGGCUGAUCCAGAUCUAUCACCGAGAGAAAAUGAACUAAAAGCGUUUUCCACGCUUUUCAACAAGGCUUGCAUCGUCGGAAAGUGGUCACCUGACCCGAAAAUCAAUUUGAAAUUGAAGAAGAAAUAUUCAAACCUUUGUGAGCUUUGUGAACACCCCGACGUCUGUGAUUAUCCCGACAAUUUCUCUGGAUACGACGGAGCUCUUCGUUGUUUGGCGCACAAUGGUGGACAAGUUGCUUGGACCAAAGUUAUCUACGUCAGAAAAUUCUUUGGGUUACCUGUUGGUAUUAGUCCUGCCAGACCAACCAACGAGAACCCAGCGGACUACGCAUAUCUCUGCCCAGACGGUACCAGAGUGCCAGUGACAGGACCUCCCUGCAAAUGGGCUGCCAGACCUUGGCAAGGAUAUAUGGCCAAUGCCGACGUGGUCAAAACCGUCGACGAAUUGCGCAAGAAAAUCGAAAAUCUGAACACUGUUGGAUCCCAACAUCAUGCACCUUGGCUGGAGAAAGUUCUAGAGUUGAACGACAAAACCGCUCCCAGGGAAAACAAGGUCAUUUCUCCUGGAGAUUACUUGGACAAAGCUAACUACACCGAUGUUAUUGAGAGAGACUAUGGUCCUCCUUUCAAAACUAUUAGAUUCUGCGUCACAUCUCAAGAUGAGGAAGAUAAAUGCAGAGCUUUGAGCAAGUCCGCUUUCUCAAGAAAUAUUCGACCAAGGUUUGACUGUGUUGUUGAGAAGAAUGUAUACGCUUGUUUGAAUACUAUUAGAGAUAAUGGAGCUGACAUUAUAACUUUGGAUGGUGGUCUAGUCGACUUGGCUCAAAGAGAGUACAACCUCAAGCCGAUAGUAGCUGAACAAUACGGACCAUUGGGAGGGUCCUACUAUGCCGUCGCCGUAGUUAAAAAGGGCUCUUCUUAUCAGUCACUAUCAGACCUAAAGGGAGCCAAAUCCUGUCACACAGGAAUAGGACGUACUGCAGGGUAUAACGCGCCUCUUUAUCAGCUCCUGAAGCAAAACUUAAUCGAGAAAACUAACUGCCCUUAUCCAAAGGCGCUUUCAGAGUAUUUCUCUGGCGGUAAUUGCUUGCCUGGAUCCAAAGACACAAGAUUCGGACUGACCAAAGAAGUCACGGACAAACUUUGCACCCUUUGCGGCGGGAACGUCGAUAAGUCCGACCUUUCCACAAAGUGCAACUUUGACACUACAGAAGCUUACAGCGGGUACACUGGAGCUUUCAGAUGUCUCGUAGAAGGAGGCGGAGACGUUGCCUUUGUCAAACAUGUCACUGUUCCCGGGAACACCGAUGGCAACAACAAAGACUCCUGGGCGGUAAACCUGAAGUCGUCAGACUACGAGCUGCUUUGUCCAGAGGGAGGUAGAGCAAAGCCGGACGAAUUUGCAAAAUGUAACUUUGCUCAUGCACCUCCACACAUGGUUGUUACUGGUAACUUAAAGACUGAGAGUGAUAUUGAUGAAAUAAGAAACGCUUUGAUAUCAGCUAGCAAACAGUACACGGACAGGCCAGACUAUUUCAAGCUAUUCGGGUCAUUCAAUGGUAAAAAGGAUUUGCUUUUCAAGGAUUCAGCCACAGGCCUGGUAUCCAUUAGUGGAGAAUCUGAAAUACAAAAGGAAUACUCCCAAGUCCUGUCCUCUGUGAACGCUUGUAGUCCUUAAACAGAAAGUUGAAUAAAUACUGUUAAGAAUGUUUACAUAUUAAAUCUAACAAUACACAAAAUAAGUACCAUUUGAUUUCUCUGUUAUGUGUAAUAUUUGUUCCUAAAAGAAUGUAAAUAUAUUGUUGAAUGUUUGGCUAUGAAAUAAAACGUAAUAAAAUAA